CGCGCCUCCCGCCGCUGGCCCGCCCCGGCCCCGGCCUGCGCCUCCGCGCCCCGCCGCCGGCCCCGCCGGCCCCCCGCGCGAGAUGAUGGACGGCCGCCUCCUGGAGCACCCGCAUGCCCAGUUCGGGGGCUCGCUGGGCGGCGUGGUGGGCUUCCCCUACCCGCUGGGCCACCACCACGUGUACGAGCUGGCCGGCCACCAGCUGCAGUCGGCCGCCGCCGCCGCUUCCGUGCCGUUCUCCAUCGACGGCCUACUCAGCGGCUCCUGCGCCGCCGCCGCCGCCUCGGUGGUCAACCCCACGCCGCUGCUGCCGGCCGCCUGCGGGGUAGGCGGCGACAGCCAGCCCUUCAAACUGUCAGACUCGGGGGACCCGGACAAGGAGAGCCCGGGCUGCAAGCGGCGGCGCACCCGCACCAACUUCACCGGCUGGCAGCUGGAGGAGCUGGAGAAGGCGUUCAACGAGAGCCACUAUCCCGACGUAUUCAUGCGCGAGGCGCUGGCGCUGCGCCUGGAUCUAGUCGAAUCCCGAGUUCAGGUCUGGUUCCAAAACCGCCGGGCCAAGUGGAGGAAGAAGGAGAACACCAAGAAGGGCCCGGGUCGGCCGGCGCACAACUCACACCCGACCACGUGCAGCGGCGAACCGAUGGACCCGGAGGAGAUCGCGCGCAAGGAGCUGGAGAAGAUGGAAAAGAAGAAGCGCAAGCACGAGAAGAAGCUGCUGAAGAGCCAGAGCCGCCACCUGCACUCGCCCGGCGGCCUGUCCCUGCACAGCGCGCCCAGCUCCGACAGCGACAGCGGCGGCGGCGGCCUGUCCCCGGAGCCCCCCGAGCCGCCGCCGCCCACCUCCGUGGCCAAGGGCCCCAGCGCGCACUCCGCCGGCGCCGCGGGUUCUGUGCCCGCACCGCCGGGCGAACCGCCCGCGCCCGGCACCUGCGACCUCGCCUUCUACCCCAGCCAAAGAAGCGGCGCCGGCCCGCAGCUGCGGCUAGGCCGCUCCGCGGACCCGGACGCGGCCCUGUGUGCGCCCGCAGCGGCGGCGGCGGUGGCGGAGCGCGGCGCCGCGGGCCCGCCCAAGGCCAGCCCGUUCAGCGUGGAGAGCCUGUUGUCCGACUCGCCGCCGCGCCGGAAAGCCGCGCCCGCUAACGCCGCCGCCGCCGCCGCGGGGCUGGACUUCGCGCCCGGGCUUCCGUGCGCGCCGCGGACCCUCAUCGGCAAGGGCCACUUCCUGCUCUACCCCAUCACGCAGCCGCUCGGCUUCCUGGUGCCGCAGGCCGCGCUCAAGGGCUGCGCGGGUCCGGAGCCGGCGCCCGCGCCCAAGGACGCGCCGCCCUCGCCCGCUGCGCCGCCCGCUCAGGCCGGCUUCGGGACCUUCCCAGGGCCCGGCGGUGCUCCGGACUCGGCCUUCGCGCGCCGCAGCCCCGAUGCCGUCGUCUCCCCGGGGGGCCCGACCCCGGCGCCUUUCCGGGACGCGGCCGCGGCGGAGGGCGGCGGUGGGGACUGCGCGGAAGCGGGGUCCGCCUGCUCAGCGGCCCCGCCGCCGCCGUCGCCCGGGCCGGAUCCUCGGGUUGCCAGCCCCGCCGGGGAGCCGGCCAUCUGCGGAGCCCCGGAGCCAGGCAGCGAGGCCGGACCCAGCGCGCCGGAUGGCGAGGAGGUGGACAUGGACUGAGCGCGGCGGCGGCCGAGAGAAGCGCUCCGCCGGACCGGCCCCGCUCGCUCAGGCCCCGACUCACACAACGAAAUCAGGUGAUCGGCUUAGAAACACUGCUUUUUCCUCUUCUGUUUUCUUCCUUUUAUUAUUAUUUUUUAAAGAAACGCUGUAUCAAUUCGGAUCUAGGCAGCAACCGCAGGACUUGGGGUGACGCCCUCCUCCUCUCAAGGGAGAAAAACAAAUAACAAAAUACAAAACAAACCCACUCCCAAACCCACAACAAGAA